UGGCAACGUGAACAGCUGUGCCACUAUUAUCAUGUUGUUGGAUUUUCUCAAGUAAACAAACCUUUUAUAAACAAAUUUUAAACAAAUAAUUCGAAUUCAAUAUAAAUUUAUUAAGAAAAUAUGGAAGUAUGCCGCAUUUGUGGUGGUGCCGAGAGCCUCAAAUGUUUUCAGGAGAAUGAGCAACUGACGGAACUACUAACAGUUUGCGCGAACAUUACAAUAAACGAAAAUGACUACUUACCAAAACAUAUUUGCGCACAAUGUGAGACUGGUUUGCGUUUUUCCUACCAGUUGCGUAAACAAAGUGAAGAAACUGAAAAGCGCUUGCGACAGGAAAUGCAACCACAAUCCACCAAUAGUACAACAAUUGAUAUUCUAGAUGAAUUUAGUGCGCAUGAUGUAGAUGAAUUUGUACAAACGACUGAUCUAAUCACACAUAAAAGCCUGAUUUCAGAAAUAAAUAUCAAUAUUUCAACUACAACGAAAGAAACGGAUUGCUUAUUCGGCGAUGAAGAGCACACACAGGAGGUAAUUGCGUCCACAAGCCUAAGUAUGGAAAUUGAAGAGCAUCAGAACAUUGUGGAAAUAUUAGAUGACGACAACGUGCCUGAAUUAACAGAUGAAGAGCGUCUCCGAUUGGAUUUGCAGAAGCGCGGUGUAUUUAUGCAGAAACGCAUUGUGCCAAUAGAAAACGAGACAUUAAAAGAAAUAACUGAAAGACAGCAGGUAAUUGCAGAGAAGCGUAUACAAUUGGAUAUUGAAACGUACACGGAUGAAUUUAACGAUGGAGAAGUGCCGACGGAGGAAUGUUUGGACAUUUUAAGUAAUGAGAUACACGAAGUUCAUGAGGAGGAUGAUAUUAUUGAAGUUAUUGAUGAUGAUUCAACGCCAGUGCCAUUUACGGGUGAAGUUGUAUGCGAAGCGCUGAAUUCACAUGAAUAUCAAGAUACGGACUUUAUAGAAGAGAUAAUAUCUUCAGACGAAGAAGAUUUGAAUGCGGAUAAGUGCAUAGACGACCAAACAGAUAUUGUAUAUGAAGAAUCCGUUGAGGAUAUUGACGAGGCCAUCAAUAUAGAUGACUGUCAAAUGCACUUUAUGAAAGAAGAAUGCAAUGCUAUUGACGGUAGUGAAACGUACCUUGAAAAUGAAACGGUUAAAAUGCAUGAAAAUGAGUUCAUCGAAACGAUAAUAGAUGAAGACAGUGGAGCACAUAAUAAUGCGGGUACAGGGAAGGAGAUAUGCUCAUACACCUGCUCAACUUGCGACUUGCAAUUGUGUACACCUACCGAAUAUCGUGAACAUAUCAAAACUCACGGGGAAAAGCGUUUCCACUGCGAGCUAUGUGAUAAGUGGUUUCCGCUACGUAGCCGCUUGGAAAGGCAUCUACAGUCGCAUGAGAAUAAAGUAAAACUGCAAUGUCCGCACUGUGAACGUACUUAUCAAACACGUUGCAAUUUAAUGCGCCAUAUACGUACAGUACACGAUAAAGUGGGUUAUAUAUGCGAUAUUUGCGGGCUGGUUUUCGGACGUACUGAUGUGCUCAAGAUACACAUGACCAAACAUACAAUGGAUGGUGAUCUGCAGUGCGAACAGUGUUCGAAACGUUUCAAUUCGAUAAACGCAUUGAAAACCCACAUAAAUUCUCAUCUAAAUUCAACAAAUGAUAGUCCGAAACCAGCGAAGCGUGCUGAGGCUGCUGCUGCUGGCGCUAAAAGCAAAAAGCUCUUCUACUGCCACUACUGCGGCAAGGAAUCCAAACAUCAUUUCACCCACAAAAUGCAUAUGCGCAUACACACACAAGAACGGCCGCAUAAAUGUGAAGCGUGCGAUAAGGCCUUCCGCACCAUGGCCGCACUGAUUACGCACGAGCGCAUACACGACGAUGCGCGCCCAUAUCAGUGCGAACACUGCCUGCUCUCGUUUCGUCAGCAAGGCCAUCUCAAGGAGCAUCGCAUGAUACACGAAGGCAUAACACCGCAUGUGUGUAGCAUUUGUCAACUGGCUUUUACCAAAAAGAACAAUAUGCUCGUGCAUAUGCGCAUACACUCGGGUGAGAAUCCCUACAAGUGCAUUAUUUGUGAUAAACAAUUCAAGAAAGCAACGCAAUUGCGCAAACACGAAAGUGAGGUGCAUAAGAAAAGCGCUACGGAGGAGAAUCUGAUGUCAUUAGAGAAAACCGGCGUUGAAGCGAAUGUGAAUGCAGGUGACAGUUUGUUUGUGGAUUUGGCAACAGAGUUGCUGUGCAGCAAUAGUAACAGUCUCGAGCUCAUCGAAACGGAGAAUGCCACGUCUAUUGAGGGUAGUGCCUUGAGUAGUGGCGGUUUCGACGACAUGCCAGAUGCGAUUAGAAAUGUUGUUUUAGAACAAACUCCGGCUGGUAAUGCAGCCAGUGAUUUUGUUGGUAUUGACAGUGGCGUUGUGUUGGUGGUGGAUGAUAAUGCGAAAUUUAAUAGUUUAUUUAUUAUGGAUGAUUGAUUUUACUCAAUAAUUUACUUUAAUGUUUUUACAAUUCUUUCCGCCAUUGCAUGCAAUCUUUUAAUUUUCUUGUAUUAGUUAGUAUUCGAGCUUUAUAUAUAGUAAUAAAAUUGUUUGUAUUCAUAUCAGGCAAUACGGGUACCACUUUUAAGAAUAUAAUAUAUUAUAGUUAUUUUAUAUUAUUCAUAUUAUAAUUAAUUUGACUUUUGAAAAUUACCCACUGGGCUAAAAUUUUUCUU